AUGGAGAAACAAGAAGAGAUGAUGACCAGAAAGAUCAAGAGAAGAAGAAGAGAAAGAGAACCUUCAUCGUUGUCACAAUCAACAACGUAUGUUCCUCUUCAUCUAAUCCCAGAGAUACUCGCAAAGCUGCCUGCAAAAUCUGUAUUGAGGUUUCGUUGUGUUUCAAAGCUCUGCUCAUCAAUCACCACCGAUCCAGAUUUCAUAAAAUCGUUCGAAGCUCACUCCUCAACACGUCCGAGGCUUUUAGUCUGCUCCAAAGAAGGUGACAAACUAUCUGUUUCCUCUCUUUCUCAACAGAAUCAGAACCGGAACAAGUCUCGUUCGUAUUCCUCUUCUCAGCCUAUUGAGAGUUACCAUAUGACAUACCCAAAUAAUUAUCCCAUCACCAUUAAAACAGAGUCAGUCCACGGUUUGAUCUGCUUUUACAAUUUAACAACCCUUGUAGUCUGGAACCCUAGCAUGAGAAAGUUUUUAGAUUUACCCAUGAUCGGAAAGGAAUCGAAGGAUGCAACAGUGUUUUUAGGAUACGAUCCAAGCAAAGGUAUACACAAAGUAGUGUGCAUGCCUUGGGGUAGAUAUUCUGAUGAGUGCCAUGUUUUAACAUUGGGAGGAUCAGCUCAAGAACCAUGGAGAACGGUCGGAAUCAACCACAGUCGUCAUUGUCCUUUAACUGGAGAAACAAUGUUGAUUUUUAUAGACAAUGCAUCGACGGUGUUCUAUAUUAUCAUGCCAGAGUUGGUUCUGAUGAGGUUAUAA